AUAUAUAUAUAUAUUUGCUAAUAUUUACUACUAGGUGAUAAUCCGCACCCUGCGCGGAGUGAGUGACUAAAAAAAAUUAUUAAUUUUAAUAUAUAGGUAUUAGAAAGUCUAAAGUCACAAAUAUUGGAUAUAAUGAAAUAUCUUACGAAAAUGUGCAGGUUUAUAUAACGUAAGUUUUUUUUUAAUUUGUAUAAUCGGUUAGAUUCAAUUGAAGUAUAUUUUAUGGAAAAAACAUCUAUAAGAGUAAGCAAAGACUUAUAUAAAUUUAUUUUGAAUUUAAGAUAAAACAAAACAUAGGCAACAUAAUUAUUGUUUUCCUAAUAAAAUUAUGAUUAUAAUAAUUAAAGAAACAUAGGUAAUAGAAAAAUAAAACACCAAAUGAUGUGAAAUUGUCUUCAAAACUCCUCGUUUGCAAUCCUAUAGAGAGAAAUAAUAAAGAAUAAGUUUACCAAACAAAACACUUAUUUACUCUUUUCUACUAAAGAAAAUGAUUUACCUCUUUCUGAAAACAUUGAUUUAUGGAACAUCAUUGGGUUUGAAAAUGAUUUUUGAAAACUCUUUAAUGUUAGUCACGUUCUUCAAUUUUUCUUAUCAUGAUAAAAAAAUAAUAUCAAGCAAAAUAUUAAGGGGAUAUAAGCUCCAACACGAUUUUUAUUUUAAAUUAGUAUAAUACAUUACAUAUUCCCCAAUUAGAUUAAUCGGCAGUAAAUUGUCAAGUAUAUCCGCUUUCCACAGAAGCACAACUUUCACCCUUACGUUCUAUGUAGAUUUGAAAGUCUUCAAAUCAGAAACAAAAUCAAGACCGGCCAUUUGAAAUUAUAUAAUGUAUAGACGUUAAAGGCUGAAAGAUUUCUUUGGUUCCCAUCAGAGCUAUAUAUAUAGUAAAGAAACCUAGGCAACUCAAUUAUCGGGAGUGGCGAAAACAGAAGGUGAAUAAUGUAAUUAGUGAUCAAUCAAUUAUACCACAUUGGGACAAUUCGUAGCGAAAUAAAAUCCAUAGACCCGCAAAAUAAUUAAUUUUGCUUUGAUCUUGCACUAACUACACAAUAUUUUAUAGAUUGAACUUGUCAGGCAAGAUUGUGUGAUUGAGUAUGGAAAUAAAUAUACAAAAAUAAAGGAGAUUAGGAAACAAAAUUAAUAUCUUCUAAGUUUGUAUUCAUAGCAAUGAAAUCAAUCAUAAAGGCCUGAUUGAUAAUCACAGAGUAAUUAUAGGAAACAAAGUGCUUAAUUUUUUGAAACAAAAAGAGAAUAAACUUUUAUAGAACACACACUAAAUUACAUUCUAUACGUGAAUAAUAACUAUUAUUCCGUUUGUCGUUCUUUUUGAAUUACAAUAAAUAGUUACAAUAUGCCGUCCAUAUUAUUGUUUCUCUCAGUUUAUUAUAAUCAAUACUUGUUAUGUUUUGAUAACGAUCAACAAAUGGACAAUAUAAUAUGCUAAUACGAUUUUAUGUAAAAAUGAUCAUAUAGUAGAAAAGGAGUUGGGGAGCUCCUCGUGCUGAGAGAAUAAUGCUUUUAUCAUUAUACUGAAAAUUGGUCUAUCAUAAAUCGUAUUCUUUUGAGAAUAUGAUAAACAUGUUACGUGAAUGGAAAUAAUUUAACCGGUAUGAGACAGAUGCUAAGGAGGAGAUCCGGCAAUUUAGAAAGCAUAUAAUAUAUAAUUUUAAGUGACAAUUAAAUGAACAAUGGCAGUAUAUAUAAUUAAUCUAGUAAGAAGAGGGUCUUUAAAUAUAUGGUGUGAAAUUGAUUGUGGUAUUGAUACGUAGGAAAUGACAUUCUUGUUAAUAACAUAUGAAGUAAAGAUUAAAUACUAAUAAUGCUCCUUAAAUAAUAUAAAAGGGAUUUUGCUAAUCUCAAGCUAAUUCACUUCUCAAAUCAGCAAAUCAAACACUAUAUAUAUUAUUUACUAUUUAUUAUUUUUUGCUAAUAUUUUCUCAUAUUUUGCCAAAUAAUGAUUUUGCUAUUAAUCAAUCAAUCAAUUAUUGAUAAACAUAUAGUGUCUAAAAUAGAAAAUAUUGUUUAAUCGGUACAAUCUAUACUAUUUUUUUUUUAGUAGUUGCUAUUUUUCAAGUUUUGUUAUUUUGGGAAAGUUUUAUCUACAAAAGAUAUUUAGAAACCAAAAACAGGUACUAUUAAUUACAGAAAUUGUUCCUCCAACAUCACUGAUUACUUGAGAUGUUUCCUUUAAUUAAAAUUUUAGUUUGACUUAGGUAGUGAUUGGUAAAAGUCCGAGUGCGGUAUUUGAAGCGGUUUUGUCAAGUCUGCAGUAAAAUCACCAAUCACAAAACCAGUUAAAAACCUUGCGGUUUUGGUAAAUAAAAAAGUAAAACCGCACCUAUACAGUAACUGAUGGAAAAUGGUCUUAUAAUUAAUGGACCGCACUUGAAAUUUGUAAACACCUUAAGUAGCGGUUCAAUGGAAAAACGCACUUCCACUUUAUUUUAUUUAUUUAUCUAAUAAUAAAUAAUUAAAUAUGCAAUAAAAUUAUAUAAAUUAAUGAUUAGAAUGAAUUAAAAACUCAACUGCAUCAGUUUACAAUAAUGUAACAUAUCAAAAAUACUUUGAACCUAAUUGAAAGUCAGACAUAAGCGUUUGGGUAUCCCUUAUGUAUUUUUGGAUUCAUUUUAUUAGGUCUCAUUUUAACAUUUUAUAUAUUAAAAAUAUUUGUAUGAUAGAUAUUUUAUUUAAUUUAAGUUUCAAAUCGUUCUCACAAAUAAUUUUCUAAAUUUGACUUUUUAGAAGAAAAAGCUUACAAUCAUUUUUUCUAAACUACAAUAAUUACUUUUAGUCAAAAACAUAUUAUUAAAAUAGAAACUAUAAUAUUUGGAGUUAUAAGUUAAAACAAAAAUUUCAAAUAAAUUUUAAUAUUUAGGAUUUGAAUAUAUAUAAAAUAUUAUAACACAAUCACUAAACACAAAAUUGUUUUAAUUAUAUUAGUAUAUUUUUUAUAUUAUUUUCUAUCAAAAUCGCACUACUUUUCUAUCAAAACCGCACUACUUUUUCAAUCAAAACCGCUCUUAUUCCAAAACAGCAUGAACUGCGGUUGCACCGUACUGCACUUAAAUUCCGUCCCGCUUGUGUUAUCAAAUCUGCCGUUACCAUUUGAACCCUUAGUCCACCACAUAUAGUUGUUAGGGUUUAUAUUCUGCAUAUUUUGAAAUGAGAGGAGGAAGAGGAUAGCUGUUUAACGCCAGUCUCGAAAAUAAAAUAGGCGUGGAACUUUAAUGGGAGACAAGAUAAAAUCAACGGCUCAGAUCAUCUAUCUUCCUCUUACGAUCGAUCUCAAUUCAAAUUCUCUCUCUCUCUCUCUCUCUCUCUCUCUCUCUCUCUCUCUCUCUCUCUCUCUUGUCCUCUUUAUAAUCGAUUUGUGUUCUUCUUCUUCGUCUUCGUCUGGAUUAUAUUCUGGAUUUAGUGGAUCUGCUGCUUCUACUCUGAGCCUUAUUGUGGAUUGAUUCGGAUGAGCAUCGUGUCUCCCUCUUCUUAAGGUCUCUUCUGAAGAUCAAAAUCUACUCUUUCCAACUUCUCUUUGAUUUUGUUUAGAAAAAGUUCGAAGCUUUGUUGUGUGUUUGGACCCAAGCUCAUCACCUGAAGUUAAUUUCUGCCUUCUUCAGUCUCAAUUUGUUGAAUUUAUUCGGCGUUUUUGAAUUUUAGUUUCUAUCGUAGGCUUUGGGGUGUGUUGUAUUGUUUCUCUUGCUAAGAAUGAAGAAAGCCCCCACUAUUCCACAAGAAGGAAGCAAGAAGGGGAGUCACGGGAGGCCAUGUGGUCCUGCAAGACGAUCCACCAAAGGACAAUGGACCGCCGAAGAGGACGAAGUCUUGUGCAAAGCUGUUGAGCGUUUUCAAGGAAAGAACUGGAAGAAGAUUGCUGAAUGUUUUAAAGAUCGGACUGAUGUCCAGUGUCUUCACAGAUGGCAAAAGGUCCUGAACCCAGAGCUUGUGAAAGGGCCGUGGUCAAAAGAGGAGGAUGACACAAUAAUUGCUCUGGUGGAAAAAUAUGGGCCAAAGAAAUGGUCUACUAUUUCUCAGCAAUUACCUGGGCGCAUAGGAAAGCAAUGUAGGGAAAGGUGGCAUAACCAUCUUAACCCUGGCAUUAAUAAAAAUGCAUGGACCCAGGAAGAGGAACUGACUCUUAUUCGUGCACAUCAAAUUUAUGGGAAUAAAUGGGCAGAGCUUACUAAAUUUUUGCCAGGAAGGUCAGACAAUUCAAUAAAAAAUCACUGGAACAGCUCAGUUAAGAAGAAACUGGAUUCCUACUACGCAUCAGGUCUUUUGGAUCAGAGUCAAAGCUCGCCACUCAUUCCCAUCCAGACCAAUUCCAUAGCUUCAUCUUCCUCGUGGAUGCACAGCAGUGGAGAUGAAGGUAAUUUCAGGCCAGGGGCUGAUGCUGAAGAAUCAGAAUGCAGCCAGGCUUCAACUGUUUUCAGCUGUUCACAGUCGACCAAUGAUUUAUUAGAUGAGGCUAAACCUGCAAACGAAGAAUUCUACAUUCCUGAAUUGCCCUCAGGAACAGAGCAGCAGAUCUCAAACUCUCCAUCUCAUGCAGAAUCGUACUACCCUUCCUUUGAAGAUGUAAAAAUUGUUGUCCCUAAAAUUUCUUGUGAAGCAGAAUCCUCAAAGGAGUAUCAGAAUCGUAAUUGUUUGACAGAGGCUAGAACUACCGCAGCUACAGAGGAUCACUUGCAGGCUGUAUGUAAUAAUGAUAAACAGGACCGUGAUCUAGACUGUCCUCAGUUAUUGGGAGAUGAAAAAAAUGAAGCAUGCCAAGCUUUUCAAAAUUCAGUCAGAUUAACUGAUCAACCUUCUAUGCCAAACUCGGACACAGAUAUGCAUCCACAGCCUCAAACUUUGAUCACGGACGAGGAGUGCUGUAGGGUUCUUUUCACAAAUACUACGGAAGAUAGCGGUGUAGCUUCUAAUGCGCAAGGGCAGAACUUGGUUGAUCCUCAAAAGGGCAAAGGAUUUAUACCAGCUUCUGAAACUGAAAACAUUCCAGCUUUAUCCUGGCAUCCUUCAAAUUGUAAGGAUUCUGUUCAAGAUUGUCACCUUCUUGAAGCUACUGCAUUAGAACAUAAAGUGGACACAAAUGAUAGUUUCAUCGACACUGAUGGACAUGUAACUUCCCAUGGAAAUGAUGAUAAUGAAGGUAUCCCAGACCAGCAGGAGCCGUCUUAUAUUCCCAAGGAUUCAUUGAAGCUAGUACCCCUGAAUAAUUUUACUUCUCCUGCUAGAGUGAAUAAGAUUUCUUUUCCUAUUGACGACAAGCCAGCUGAAAAAGACAAAGGAUCUCUUUGUUAUGAACCUCCACGGUUCCCAAGUGCAGAUAUUCCUUUCUUCAGCUGUGAUCUUGUACCUUCAAAUAGUGACUUAAGGCAAGAGUACAGUCCCUUUGGUAUCCGCCAGUUGAUGAUGAAUUGUACAACUCCGUUAAGGCUAUGGGAUUCACCGUGUCGUAAUAAGAGCCCUGAUGUCAUGCUUAAAGAUGCUGCCAAAAGUUUCAGUGGUACACCAUCCAUCUUGAAGAAGCGGCAGCAUCGGGACUUGAUGUCACCUGUGCUUGAUAGGAGAAAAGAAAAAAUGCUGAAAAGUGCUGAGGCUUCCUCCUUGGCUAAAGACUUUUCACGCUUAGAUGUUAUGCUUAAUCAUUGCAAUUCCUCUAUUUUGUCGGAACGUCCUGACAACAAAAAUGAAACCUUGGAGUCAGGAGGAGUGACUUCAGCUACAAUUGACCAAGAAACUCGUAGAAGUUUGGUUUACUGUAAUGAUGUUGAGAUGCAACUGAGUUCUCCUGAUAAAAGUGGAUCGAGACCAGAUAACAAAGUGAAUACAACUGCGUCAGAACCUCCAUUCACUGUAGACUCUAUUCCUUUAUCAACAAUCGCAGGAAACAAAACCAACACUGCAGAGAGUAGUUUUGAUAUUAUUGAAAACUGUAGCAUAUUUGAUGGAACUCCGUUCAAAAAACUCCUUGAUACCCCAUCACCAUGGAAAUCCCCUUUACUCUUUGGUUCUUUCUUGCAAAGCCCAAAGUUACCUUCAGACAUUACAUUUGAGGAUAUUGGGUGCUUUAUGAGUCCCGGAGAUAGAAGCUAUGAUGCCAUAGGACUGAUGAAACACUUGAGUGAACACACAGCUACGGCAUAUGCAGAUGCUUUGGAAGUCUUGGGUAAUGACACACCUGAAACAAUACUCAAGAAGAGACAGAUGAACAAGUCUAUUCAAGGGAAAGAAAAUCAGCUUUGGCCUCACGAUCAACUGGAAAACCGUUCCCAGGUGGAGCGUCGUGCCUUGGACUUCAGCGAUUGUGGAACACCGGGGAAAGCAAAGGUAUCCUCGGCUUCUCCAGGCGGCUACUCGAGCCCAUCAUCUUACCUUCUGAAGAGUUGCAGAUAGAAAAGGCUGCUUUUGUUGAUAGAUCUCUGAAGGGACAUUCAUUCUCCCCUUCAAUUUUUUUGAUCAUCCCAUAUAUGUACUGUAUGUCUUAUUUUAAUCUCCUCAUUAAAAAUUUUCUUCUUUGUAAUGUGUGUAGAUCUUGCAACUCUGGACAUGAUACACUUGAUUAAAUAGCGAAAAAGAUAUUUAUUCUUAAUAAAUUAACUUUUACA